GAUACGGAAACAUCGCACCAAAGACUAACUGGGGAAAGUUAGUGACCAUUCUCUAUGCUAUUGUAGGAAUACCUUUGAUGUUUCUCUACCUGACCAACAUAGGAGAUUUGUUGGCUAAAUCCUUUAAAUACCUCUAUGGCAGGUUGUGUGGAUGUAAACCACAGGAUGGUCGGCGACGUCGUCGUCAUGUAGAACAUUAUCGUGUUCACCACAUCGUGCUACAGGAAAACACCUCUAAUUCUCACGGUCCACUCGAAGCUACAUUGUCCAGCAAGUUCAGGACAUCGCAACCAGUCGCUGAAGAGGUUAAAAUGGAAGCCAUUCCAGAUGAUUUAUCAGAAGAGGAGGAUUAUGGGAAACCGCGAGCGAAUGUACCUAUAACCCUCUGCCUAACCUUGAUCACUGGGUAUAUAUGUGGAGGUGCUUUUCUUUUUUCAAUUUGGGAAGGCUGGAACUACCUAGAUGGUGCUUACUUCUGUUUCGUUACUCUCAGUACUAUUGGAUUUGGAGAUCUGGUGCCUGGUGAUACAGUUGUCUCGGACACACCGGGUUCACAAGAGAAACUAGUCAUAUGUUCACUCUAUCUACUUGGAGGCAUGGCUCUGAUUGCCAUGUGUUUCACCCUGGUCCAGGAAGAAGUCAUUUAUAAAAUGAAGAACCUUGGAAAGAGAUUGGGCAUUGUAAAUGAUUCCGAAGAUUCUGAUGAUUGA